AUGAAGAGGCCCUUUUCAACUUCAGCUACAGUUAGAGCCAAGGUAAACCCAUCACGCUUCAUCCCACUCAGUACUCUCUCCAGCAGUGAUAUCGCCGCAUUCCGUGCUUCAUAUUUCCAACCACAGCUGCCCGUCAUCCUCCCACGAGGCCAGUUUAGCCAGCUCCCCGCAAUCCAAAAAUGGUUCUCAAUUGAUUACCCUUCUCAUGGCGGCACCAACGCGCCGUCCUCGGUUCGGAGCCUCAAUUACACCUACCUAGGAAGACAUAGUAACUGCUCCGUUCCCCUCGAAUUGACCUCUUCCUCUCCAGACAGCCCAGAUACCCCACAAUUCCAGCGUUUUUAUGCCCCUCUAGACCUGUUUCUCAAAUGGACCAAAACAACAACUGGGAGCAAUCCCUCCAACAGUCGCCUUUAUCUCGCCCAAUGCCAACUCCUAGACCUACCCCAGGAUCUCCACUCUGACUUCCCAACCCCACUUUUCGUCUCUGAAGCUGGAAGGGGGGAUAUAUACGAUACUAAUAUCUGGAUGGGCAUCCCACCAACAUACACACCGUUCCACAGAGACCCCAACCCCAAUCUAUUCGUGCAGAUGGCUGGGCGGAAAGCUGUCAGACUGUAUUCACCAGACACGGGGCUGGCGGUGUUCCAGCGGGUGAAAGCAAUGGUUUUGUGGCGGCAGAGCCAGGACGAAAAUGCAAUUAUUGCAGAUAGAGUGGUUGCGGAUCAUGCAAAAUUUCGCGGCGAGGAGAUGAUGCAAGGGCUGGAGAAGACAUUGCUUGAAGCCGAGGUUUGGGGGAGUAGUGCGGAAAGGGAACCAAAUGAAGCGGAUGGUGGGGGCGCGAGCGGCAGCGAGAGUGGGAUUUCCAGAGAAGUUGAAGACGAAGCUACUAAAACGCACGGAUUCGAAGCUCAUCUUGAUGCUGGGGAUGGGAUGUUUAUCCCAAUGGGGUGGUGGCAUAGUAUCAAGGGAGUUGGUGAGGGCAUUACGGCUUCAGUCAAUUGGUGGUUUCGAUGA